UACCAGAUCAUGCGACGUCUCCACCCGCGAGAUUUGCUGAGCCUCUCUUGGGCAUCGAAAUCAUUUCAUGACUUCAUGACGAAGAAGAGCUCCGCGUACAUCUGGAAAGAAUCCUUGAAGAAUGUGCAAGGUGUACCCCCUUGUCCCGAGCAGCUCACUGAGCCCGCGUGGGCCGCUCUCCUGUAUUCGCCGUACUGCACAGUAAGCGGCGAUAUAUCGUUGAUAUAUUCAGCUGACUUCUCACCACUGAACUGCCAGGGCUGUGGCGUUGAGGUUUUCACGGAAUGGCAUUGGAGGUUCUACGUGCGCUUCUGCCAGGAGUGCAGCGAAACGAGGUCAGCUAGCCACUAA